GUAAAGUAAUUUUUGCCUUAUUGGGUAGUGAUAUAUACAUAUAUAUGAAGUUUUGAUACAAUGAGAGAUGAAAACUGCAAGAAAAGCAAGGUUUCUUGGUCUAAAACACUCAAGAGAUGGUUUGGUGUUAAAAGUAAAGCUGAAGAUUUCCAUGCUGAUGAUUUUAGUUCAAGAGGUGGUGAUGAAGAAUGGAUUAAUAAUUUCAAUGAAAGAGAAGCUUGUACCAUCAAGAAAAACACAAGAACAGAAAGAUCGAGUAAAAAGAAUGCUAAUCGACGUACCCGAAGUAAGAUUGAUCUUGAUGCGGCUCAAGUGAGAAACGUCGACAAUUAUAGAAUCUUUGUUGCUACAUGGAAUGUGGCUGGAAAAUCGCCUACAAGUGGCUUAAAUCUUGAAGAUUGGUUGCAUACUUCACCUCCGGCUGAUAUUUAUGUUCUAGGGUUUCAAGAAGUAGUUCCUCUAAAUGCUGGAAAUGUUUUGGGCACUGAAGACAACGGUCCAGCGAAAAAAUGGCUAGCACUAAUUCGGAAAACACUUAAUAGUCUUCCAGGAACAAGUGGUGGAUUCCAAACUCCAUCACCAGUUCCUGAUCCAGUAGUUGAACUAGACUCUGAUUUUGAAGGAUCAACACGACAAAAAUCUUCAUCUUUUUUCCAACGACGAUCUUUCCAAUCAUUAAGCCGUAGCAUGAGGAUGAACGAGAGUGAAAUGUCAAUUCCAAGGCCCCAUUUUGAACGUAGAUACAGUGUUUGUGAUCGAGCAAUGUUUGGAAAUAGGCCGAGUGAUUAUGAACCUUAUUUUAGAUGGGGUGAUGGUUCUUCAGAUGAAGACAAUGGGCCAGAUGAUUCACCUAAUGAAACACAUUACUCGCAAAUUCCCUCUAGUGGAUCUUUCUCGAUGGAAGAAAAAGAUAGGCCCAUUGGGAAUUCGAGGUAUUGUUUGGUUGCUAGUAAGCAAAUGGUAGGGAUUUAUCUAACGGUCUGGGUAAAAAGUGAUCUUAGAGACGAUGUUCAUAACAUGAAAGUGUCUUGUGUUGGCAGAGGAUUGAUGGGGUAUCUCGGAAACAAGGGUUCGAUCUCAAUCAGUAUGUCGUUGCACCAAACGAGUUUUUGCUUCAUUUGUAGUCACUUGACUUCGGGCCAAAAAGAAGGUGACGAGUUGAGGCGAAACUCAGAUGUGAUGGAAAUACUUAGAAAAACUCGAUUUCCAAGAGUUCAACGAAUGGGGGAUGAAAAUUCUCCUCAAACAAUCCUUGAGCAUGAUCGGAUUAUAUGGCUUGGAGACUUGAAUUACCGGAUUGCUCUUUCUUAUCGAGCUGCAAAGGCUCUUGUUGAGAUGCGAAAUUGGUGGGCUUUGUUGGAAAAUGACCAGCUCCGCAUAGAACAAAGAAGAGGGCGUGCCUUUGUAGGAUGGAAUGAAGGGAAGAUAUAUUUCCCCCCGACGUACAAAUAUUCAAAUAAUUCAGAUAGAUAUGCAGGUGAUGAUAUGCAUCCCAAAGAAAAACGAAGAACUCCCGCUUGGUGUGAUAGAAUUUUAUGGUAUGGUAGAGGACUCCAUCAAAUGUCAUACGUUCGUGGUGAAUCAAAAUUUUCAGAUCAUAGGCCCGUUUAUAGCAUUUUUUUAGCAGAAGUUGAAUCUAUAAACCGUAACAGAAUCAAGAAAAAUACAAGUAGUUCUUCAAGGAUUGAAGUUGAAGAGCUACUGCCAUUCUCUCGAAGAUAUGGUGAUCAUGAUUUAUACUAAGCAUACACUUUGCAUUGAUAGCAAACAUUUUGGAUUUCUUGAAGAAAUAGAAGAAAUCAAGUUUACAUUAUGCCUAAUUUUACACACCUGGAUUUUCUAACAAGAACUCGUGUCUCAUGAUGAUUCAUUCGCAAUCAAUGUAAAACCAAAAGUGUUUGCUGUUGGUUCUUCAGAAUAGGAUCAAAGGCCUCAAAAGUGUUUUCACAUGAGUACACAUCAUUCUUUUGAAAUUCCCAAGUCUUGAUCAAUGCUGUUACAAACUUGCACAUUGUGGAUUAACAGUUGUACAUUUCUGCUUCAAAAUGAGGGACAGAAAUGGGGCUUGAAGCUUUUGUUGCUUGGUUUGAGGGGGUUGAUGGAUUUAUACUGAAAAGGUGAAAUUUUUACUGAAAAAGUAAAAGUUAAAGAUUAUUGAUUGUGUCACUGAUAUUUCAUUUUCUUUUUGGCUGUAAAUAACAGUAAAAAAAUAAAGAGAAAAAAAAACAUAUAUAUAUAUUCCACUUUGUUAUUAGAAUGUCAGUGUUUGGGUCUGUUGAUGUACGUUGUUAUCUUUAUU